AAGAUUCUUUGUAGAAAAUUUUAAUGUUAUCAGUUAAAAAUGCAUAAAACAAACAAGCAACAUGCAGUGUUAGAACCCUGAUUCCAUGAAGCACCACUCACCCUCUAACACAUGAAUAAUAUUGUGUAAGGUAAAACACUGUCAUGAGAGUGAGCUCAACGUGAACUUGGAACUUGGCUCAUGGGAUUUGAUGGAUAAAGAAUUGCAAUGUAGGAGCAAGUUGGAUAUAAAUUUGCGCAGUAGUUUUCCAGCUAGUUCCGGCUGAUGGUACCAAUUUCCUCCGUUAUCAAUUGAUUUCCUGGAAGUACGUACGUAAAAUUUCCCAAUAACAAACUAGCAGAACUUAAAACAUUACACAAAAACUCAAAUUUUGUGUCAUACAGAUAAAAUUGAGCAUAAAAUUAUAAAUAACUUCGCCCCCGUGAAAUUUAUAAUUGUCGGAAGUAUGUUGGCUUCCGUCUUAGCUGCCGGGUUGGACACCCUGAUUACGGGAAACAAUAGCAACUCUAAAAUAAGUGGGGACAACAAUUCGGGAAAUGUUGAGGGGAAUUCGAACACGAAAUUACUCAGUGAAUCGUCUAAACUAAGCAUUUUCAAUAAUUCAAAUUCUAACCUCAACUUUGCAAAUGUUUCCGCAAAAUUGACCAACUCGAGUAACAGUCAUGUUACGUGGAAAAAUGGAGAUCUGAAUGUGGACAAUUGCUCUAAUUCAGAGCUUAAUGGCGACCUGGUCGAUGGAAAAUGCAACUUUAGCUCGAAUUCAAAUUUUAAAUUUGUUGGAAAGGGCGCAGUUUCCUGUGAAUUUAAGGAAAAUUCAAAUACGGAUGCAACCCUUUCGGAAGGUGGAUCUGUCAAGGCGGUGGACAAUUCUAACCUAAAAAUCAGUGGGGGCAGUCAAAAUCUGCAAGUCGAGGGGACAUCAAACUUGCAUAUUAGAAGCACUCCGUUUCGAAAUCGAUUUCAAGUCGUGCAGCGAAACAAUUGGUUCAACUGGCUGCCUAGUUUUGGACGAGCAGCAUCAUCCGAGUGUAAGUUGGAGAAUCUCACGUACGAGUUGGAUUAUGCCAAGACAGGAAAAAUUAUAGGAUCGAAAUAUUUGGCGGGGGAUUUUUCCUUUGACGUGACCACCUCCAAAGAUGAGGUCAAAGUUCAGCUCAGCCCGGAUGGAAACCCGAGGGAUGUCAGGAUUGAUAAGGUUAACGGGAAAAGCGUGCUAUUUUCGGGAACGGGAGCGGAUGGAAAUCGCCAAGAGUUGGAGAUUCAAGGACCCAAAACCGUUUCCGUGAAGGAGGAUGAGAAAACCGUGGUGAUCAACUUGUGUGAUAUGGCUGGCCUGUAAUUUAAAUCUUUCAAAUAUUUAAUAUUUAAUUUUAAAUAUUUAAUUACAUUUUUUCAAAGAAUGGCAAGUGGUUGAUAUUAAUAUAUAAAUCUCUCUAAUUCUGUGAAUAGUAGAAGCUAUUGAACUGAUAUUUUUACGGAGCUAUUUAUAAUUCAUACUUUACAUGACAAAAUUCAGUACAAAAUUUUGCAGAUUAUAUUGAAGAAAUUCACAUAGUCAUUGGAAACUUGUAAAAUCUGUAAGUUUAGGAAAAUUAGUAUUUUGGGUAUUUGAUUGAACAUUUUACAUAAAUAUUUCGGGGUUUUUAAGAACAUAUUUAUCCGGACUCUGGUAAUAUGUUAAGGAGUAGGAAAAGACCAGUAUUUUCCGAAACAUAAAUAUGAGGUGUGCCCAAGUCAAAUGUUGUGUUGCAACAUUCCAGUAGGUGUGCCUUUGUGAAAAUCUUUAAAAUGACGCACUUCCCUUAAGAAGAUUUUCAAUAUUGGACGGACAGAGUCUGGUCGCCAGACUAAAAUAUAACUUUAAAUCUCGUGGCACAAGGCCAUUGCAAUUUAGUUAAUUUUGUAACUUUGCAAGGGUCCUUUCCUUGCAAACUAAAAUAUUGUAAUCUUAAAGUAAACGUAAAGUUUGUUCAAACCAGACUAUAGAAAUUUUCCACAUCGCUUACGGAAUUUUGAACGUAUGUAUGUAUGUAAAUAAAUAUGCGUACUUUCCAGAAAACUAAUUGUAAGUCUGGAAAUUAUACAUUUGCAUACAUAGGGUUCCAUAGGAAAGUAAAGAAACACUUGAAAAAGUAUAUUUAUUUGUCUGAAAGAAAAUUUGUCACUGAGUUGGAACGCGGUAGUUUUGUAGUCCAUGCGAUUGACUAUCCAAAUCAGAAAACCGGAAGUCGAUAUCUCGAUUAGUUCAAAAAUGAGAACAAAAAAUUCAGAGGAACUCGCAAAAAAAUUUUGCCACUACUACGAAAAAGUGUGCGAGCGCGUCCGGAUAAUGGUUAAUAGCCACUUCGAAAAAGAAAAAAUUCAUAAUGGGGCAAUUUGCAGAGUUUUAGAUAUGUAUGAGGGGAGGAGGAAUGCUGAAUUCAAAAAAUUAAAAAAUCGCCCUGCUCGUGUAGCGACCCCCAAAGUGAUACGUAGAGUUCAGAAGGAAAACAAAAAUAACCUUGGGAUAUCAGAUAGUAAUUUGGGCUACAAAUUGAAAAUAUCAAAAUUAAGUUUACAUGACAUUAAACCUACGAAGUUGGGGGUCAAAUUCUAUAGGGCGACAUCUGCACCAAAGUACAACCAAGGUCAGCAAAAAAGAGCAAAGUCCAACUCUCGGCAGAAUGCUGAAAAACGAGUCAAGCAAAACAUGCCCGUGAUUCUGGUCAUAAACGAUGAGACCAAUUGCUCGAAUGAUCCAGAUGAAGUCCCUGGGAGGAAGUACUACUCAUGUACUAAUAAGAAAACGUUUAAAGAUUCCUUCAAAUCCCGUGCGUUUCUGAGACUUGGGAUCCAUUGGGGAAUCUGAACAGUAGAUGGAUCCUAUAGGAUCCCUUAUGAUUACAGUAUAUUUCCAAUAAGAUGUGAUGCAUAUAUGCAUUUCAUGUAAAAAAUCCAAUUGGAAAUUUUUAUACAGGAAAAUGACUGCUAGGUCCCCAAUGGAAUUGCUAACGUUAACGGGAUCUGAUUGGAACAUACUUGCAUUACAAAACUCAAUAUCCCAUCUGAAUUAAUCAUAUUGGAUUUAGACGAAAAGGCAUGAAAUAUAUCAAGCAUCCCCGAUAAAUACGUACUGAUUGGCAUAUUUGGAAUUCACUCCUCGUCAUGCUUUUUUAGUUUCUCUUUGGUCAGCCUAAAUUACUCGCUCUGGUCAAUUUUCUAUUCUUUGAAAUAUACCUGCGGUGACAUGACCCACGCCGUCGUAUGUUGGGAGGACGAAAACUAUUUUGAAUUCGGAACAACGUUCGAAGAUGUAUCGACCCUAUCCGAUUUAAAGCAUUAAAGGAUUACACAACGGAAAUUUUCGGCCUGAAGCCAAAUACUGUUGAGUGGUUAACUUUUGAAAAGAAGCUUCACAAUAUUCCUGGGGAUGCCAGAAAGAAGAUGAAUCGUCUCACAGGUCUGGCUGGAAAUUCUACGAUCACGUCGCCGGAAUUCAGUUGUUCGAAUUCCGAUGAUUUAGAAACGAGAGUUGAGGAGUAUCUCAACUUGGUAGGGGAGAAUUAAGAAUAGUAUAAAAUUUAUUAAUUGGAUUCUUGUAUAAAUAAAUACAUUGAGUUUUUAAUAGUCGA